AUGUUUUGCGCGAAUGUCACCGAGAUCAACCCCAUCAAGCCAAGUGACUUCAUGAUUGUGUUGCAUCCUGCGACACGGCAGUGGCAACCAUGUAUACAAGGACUUCGACACAUGAGUGGAUCCCAGCUGCCUACAGCGUCGGAACGCCAUCAUACGUAUAUGCGUGGCUUUACACUUCUCUCGCUGGGAACAUCUUCUCCUCCAUCGCGUGUAAAAAGCUGUCAUGUCCCCAUCCUGCAGAUUCCUCGCACCCACAUCUUGUACUCUCUCGCAUCGUUUUCGGGGAUCAGUCAACAGGACGUUACCACCGUUGGCGGUCAUCCCCACAAGCUGGUCACCUUGUGCGCGGACUCGUUAAUGGUCAUGCAAGUGCUCUCCGAAGUGACACCCGCUGUGAACUCAGCCGUCAACGCUCUUGUGUCAGCCAAGUGCUCAGGAGGCGCGGAACCACCCGCAACAAUAUUGCCACCCCUUCUGACUUCGACAACUCUGCCAUCCACCGAAGAUGAUCGUUCCGAACCGGAAGACGAUGGUAUCGAUGAUUUUGUGGUGGUGGAUGAGGAAGCUGAGGCCGCCAAUUGA